CUUCCUUCAUUUACAAGAGGUCCCUACAGCCCCUUUAAAGACAGAGAUCCUUCUCCCUAGAAAUAGGCAAUGACAAAAGUAGUUUCGCCCCAGUGCUAAAGUCCACAUCUUCUGCAAACAGAGUCUUGGAUCGAGUCAGACUGCCUUGAAGGAAGCAAAACGCUGAGACGGUUUUCACUUAUGGCUGAAGAACCGCCUUUCUCUGUGCUGCAGGGGGAAAUGGGGGAAAUGAAGAAAGAGGAAAAGGUUGACAAGAAAGAGAAGAAAAAGAAAGGACAUAAACGGUCGCAUAAAGAGAAGCACAAAUGUGAGUACAAUCGUGGCCAUCCUCCUCCUCAUGGUUCAGGAUUGAUUCAGGGUGAAGAUGUAGCAGUCAGGCGUUUUUUGGGCCCUAAGACUGGGAGGGGCUGGCCUCCCCACCGCUCUGUGGGGAGCAGAAAGCCAGGUGGAAAUUCUUGUUUAGCACACACUAUUGACUCUUCCAGUUUAAAGGAGAGUCUUCCUAGGAAUCUCCAUGAUCCUCAAAAUGGUAGUGCUGCUAUAAACCUCCUUGUAUCUCUUGUAGAUCAGAAAUGAACUAAUUAGGGUUGUAUGAAGAUUACCUGUAUACAAUGUGCAAGCAGCCUGCAGGGGAAGGUGUACGAAGGUUAGUCUGUAAUUAGGGUGUAUUUUGGCUAUAAGAUUCUAAGGCCUGCUCUUGGAUAUAUUCAAUAUUCAGUUGCAAACAAUCCCCCCAUGUAGUCUUAGAAUACUGAUUGUGAUUUGUCUCGUUGUGUAUCUCAUAAUAACCAGAGGGAAUAGCAUCAGUGCUUCUUUUAAAGCAAAAGGAUUUGGCAUGUGUGCCUGUUACUAGGGCUGUUGUAACUGGCUGGCUGGAUCUUACCUGGAUUCUAUCCAUGUUACUUUUUAUUUUUUUUGUCUGGAUCUGGACCAUUUUCAAGCAAUCUAGAACCAAAGAUAGGAGACAAAAAUGUCUUUCUGAUCAUGCCUGCUCCUACCUUUCAUUGUUCUAGGUCCAUGUUGCCGUCCCUAAAGAUAAAAAAAGUUUGAGUGACACACCCAUUGACUGAAGAAAGGGCUUGCUGGUUAUUUUGAAUCCAGUUGUUUGUCUUCCUUUACAACACUAUCCAUAGGGGAUAGUGGGGAAAUACCUAAUUUUAUUGUAGCUGUAAGAAUGUAGUAUUGCAUGCACUCCUAAACAAAAGGCAGUUUCCAUUCUCUUUCAUACUUUAUAAUGUACUUUUACUGUAUGCAAAUAUUAAAGAUUGAUCGGAGGGGGGUGGGCUAAGAAACACAUAUUUUGCACAUCUUAGCUGCUUGCCCCAGAACACAGGCAAAGGGUGCUUUCUUCCCCAGUAUGAACAUUGCUGUAACCCACCCUGGGACCAAACAAAGAAUGAGAAAUUUGGGGUAGUUCUGUUCUUACUAGGUACCUCAUUUGCUAGUUCCCUCUUUCCAGUGCCCUGGCAUAUUCAUACGAGUCGGCAUUUGGGGGUGCUCAAAGCAACAAUUCUGCGGGGAACCCUGCUCUGUUGUAGAUUUGGUAGACUUGAACUAUGCUUCAGAUCUUCUCUAAUUUCACAACAUCCCCUGUAUUAAAAAUUGGUUGCCAGCCAGGAUCUCUGAAUCUUUCUCUUGCCCUGGCAAAAUUUUGAAGCAGGCUAUCAUUUUACUCUAAGCUCAGUGGUUUGCAGGCUAAAUUCUAAUUAUUUUGGUGAACUCUUGCUCUGGCCUAUUCUCAUUCUUCCCCUCUCCCCCUAUUCUGUAAGCACUUAUCUCUUAUCUGCAAUGGCCUAUGUUGUCCUGCCUUCUGAAGUAAGGGUAUUAGCAAAGAGGCUGCAUGGGCGUAGGCAGGAGUUUUGUUGGGGAAGGCAGGCCUUUUUUUGGGGGGGGGGGCGCAGAACCUCAGUUAGCUAUGUAGUAUUAUUUAUUUUUAUUGGUUUAGGCUGCCUCCCCCCCCCCCGGCUACGCCCAUGGCUGCAGCAGCUUCUUUUGUUAAAACUUGAGGAUCUUGCUUUUAUUCUCACAACCGAUAUGGUUGUACUUAUCACAGAAUAGUUACGGCUGAAGCAGCAACAUCUACUACCUAGAUAAGAGGGAGAGGAGUGAAAUGGUUCGCUGGCAACUUGUUUAGAUAACCACGAAAGAAUUAAUUGAGUCACAACCAGGCUUUGUUCCCAAGAGCAAAAAAACUGGGGGUAGUGAAGUUGGAAAAACAUAGUUGCCCUGCUCUAUGUGAAACCAUGGCAAUAGUUCAAAAUGAAUUCCAGCGGUUGUGAUUCGAAUCCCUGUGACAGAGUGAGCUCCCGUUGCUCUGUCCCAGCUCCUGCCAACCUAGCAGUUUGGCUUCAUUGAAGGGCAGUAUUUCAAUAUGAGUAGGAAAAUGAGAGUACCCCUUAACAUUUUUUGGGGGGGGGUGGAAAGCAUUGGGUGAAUUAAUUGUCUAAACCACUGAGCCUCUUGGGCUUGCGGAUCAGAAGGUUGGCGGUUCGAAUCCCUGUAACAGAGUGAGCUCCCGUUGCUCUGUCCCAGCUCCUGCCAACCUAGCAAUUCAAAAGCAUGCCAAUGCAAGUAAAUAGGUACCCCCUGCGACGGGAAGGUAAACGGUGUUUCCGUGCGCUCUAGUUUCCAUCCGGAGUCCCGUUGCGCCAGAAGCAGUUUAGUCAUGCUGGUCACAUGACCUGGAAAGCUGUCUGUGGACAAACGCCAUCUCCCUUGACCUGAAAGCAAGAUGAGCGCCACAACCCGUAGGCACCUUUGACUAGACUUAACCAUCCAGGGGUCCUUUAUCUUUUUUACCUUACCAUAUUGUAUUGAACACACCGACCAUUUGUUUGGAAACGUGGGAUAUAAAUUAUUCUGACAAAUAAAUGUUAAGAUAAAAACGUAUCUAUUUAUUUUACAAACUACUUCUAGGGGCAUGGGGGGCAUGUAAAGCCUUGGGUAUAGCAACUUUAUUGCAGAACUACGCGACACUAAAUAUUUUAUUUCAGAACUGGAAGAGGGAAAUGGAGGAUGGUCUGUACAUAAGAGACAGUCCACAGUUAAUACGCUAUGCCUCAAUACAACAUGACUAUCCUCUCCUUUUCAUAUAAGCAUUGGUGGAAUUUGAUCCAGCUAAGUCAAGUCUUUAUUAGUGCUGCUCUUUGUUUAAGUUGUUGCACUUGGAAACUGUGUUUUAAGUACUGUAUUUGUUCAGAUUUGGACAGUGGCUUUUCUUAACAAUUUUGCCUAUUUUUAAGCUAUCCUUUGCGAUGUGGCUUAACCAAAUAAUAAUGUGCACCAAAAGGCAGAUAAUGUGGGCAAAAAUGGUCCAUUGUUUGCUUUGGACAGGUACCAGGAAAAAAGGAACCGAUCCCAGAAGCGUUUGGUUACAGUGUGGUUAGGGCUGCAAAAUCCCAUAGCAUCGUUGAGAAAAGUGGGAUUUGCUUCUGCGAAUCAGUGUGUAGCAGGCUGCUGCUGAGCUAAGAAUCCAGAAAUCCAUUUUCAAAUUCUCCUCUGCUGUGCACCGAUUAGGUGAUCUUAGGCAAACAAUUUCCUAAUUCCUGAAUUCAGCAUGGAUUCAAUUGUUGGACUAACCAGGACAGCCUGGGAACAGCUCGCUAAGGCGGAACCUACAUACGUAUAAAAAAAAACGCUGUGAAAAUGCUAUUUUAAAAAAUGUUUUGAAAAAUACUCGCCCCAAAAUGGAAAGAAGCAGAAGUCCCAGCAAAGGAAGAAUGGACACAAAAACUUAUGGAAUAUGCAGAAAUGGCAAAACUUAACGGAAGAAUAACAAAGCAAGACAAUAAACCUUUUUUUAUAAAAGAAUGGAAAUGAUUUAUUGAAUAUUUACAGAUAAAUUGUAAACAGAUAAGAACAUUGGCAGGAUCAUUGCAAUAACCCGCAGUUUUAUAAGAGUAUAUAUUUAAAGCAGAUGAAUAAAUGAGCAAAUUAAUUUGGAUAUGCAGAAGACAUUAAAAAUAAAUUUAAGUAACCGCAGAAAGAGGGGGAUGGAAGUCAAGUUUUGAAAUGUUAAAAUGAUUGCAAAAUCAGGGAAAUGUAUACAUCUGAAAAGCAUAAAUUAUAUAUAUAUAGAAAAAACCAAAUAAUCUAUAUGUUGCAUUAUAUGCAAUUGCAUUUACCAUAUAUCCCCUCUCAGCCAGCAGACCAUGAGGUGUUUCAUCUCACAGUCCCUUUCAAUAUUUCUGUGAUUUUAUAUCUAUAGAAUAUAUCGUAAAAAAAUAUAUUUUGUGUGUUUGUUUAUAGAUCUCUCCUUAUCUAUAUCUAAACAUAUGUAUAUAUUAAAAACCGGGAAUACUUUUUUUUCACUGCAACAAAUGCUAUAUUAGUAGGCUGUGUGUCUGGAUACAGCAUCUGUUGCAGUGAAAAAAACGGAAUUGCUAGUAGAAUAAACUUAAGCGCUCCUACUAUUGUUCGGAAGGCGGGGUUCAGGCUCCAGUUCCGCGCAUGCUCAGCUCAAAAGCAACUCCGCCCUGAGCUCCCCGCGGCUUCUUGCCCGGCAAAGCGCAGGCGCAACCUCCCAGCACCAUCGAAACCCGCGAUUCUCGUUCGCUCGCACUGCGCAUGUGUGCUCGGCUGCCCCGUAGCAGCCCGCCCUUCUCCUCCCUCCGGAGCCCCGCCCCUUUCCCGCCCCAUCCUCCUCAAGCCGAGGACCCCGCCGGCCCGCGGAAUCUCCUCGGCAGGACUGUCUACUCCAGCGCCUGCGUGGGCCGCGAGACUCCCCGCGCCAGUCCCCGCUCUCUCUGCAUCCCUCCCUCUGCAUUUUGCCGCAAAGGGUCUCCUCGGCGCUCGCUUGCUCGCCGCCGGCCCGUCUCCGUAAGCGUCCCCGGGGCCGCUCCAACUUAGGCGCCCGCCCCGGGCAGCCCGCCUGUCGUUGCGCGCCCGAGUCGCGGAGGGGGUCCUUGCGCGCAGGCGGGCGGCGAGCGCGAGGUGUCUCCUUCACUUCGCCCUCCAGCGCGGCCUUCACGCGGGUAGAAGAGGGAGGGGCGGCGGAGGCGCGCGCGGGUCUCUCUGGGUCUCGGAAAGAAGCACGUCCCUUUCCCCCCCGACUGGGCAGGUAAGGGCCGUGGCGGGGUUACCAUGACAACGCGGGGUGGGGUGGGGGGUUCCUUUUGCCCGGGGGUGAUGGCGCGGGAGAGGAAAGGAGUUGAAAAGGAAGCAUCUCUCCCCGCUCUCGUUUCCCCGCAACAACAGCGCGGCGAGGUUGGCUCGGCCUCAGAUCCCUCUUGCGGGGCUUAAUAGGGAAUUUAUUCUGUUCGUGGUGUUUCUCCACGCGCUCUUUCCGUCAAGGUUUCCCGUGGGUGGGUGGGGGGAUCCCGAGUGGGGUGUUCCCCCCCCCCGUCCUCCCUUGCCCUUCCUCCUGCCUUUCUCCCUUGUGAGGUAUUUGGCGCAGGCUCUCCUCUCCCCAGUUUCCUGUUGGGGCUUUCCUCUUGGCUUGCUUUUUCAAUCAGUCAAUCAAUCAAUCAAUCAAUCAUUUUGUUUGUAUGCCGCCUUUCCGAAGUUAAAACUAUGCUCGAGGCGGCUUACAAUGUAUAUAAGAAAACCACAUAACUACAAACAUAAAAGCAAUUAUAAAUAAUAAAACUUCAAAAAGUACACAAGCAAAUCGAACAAUUUCCACGUACUUCCAAAAUAAAGAUACGAACAACAUGUCACUUGCUUUAUUGUCUGGGGGUCAAGUACCCUUGGCGUCUAGUUAAGUUGAGCAUCAAGGUGGCUCCCUCUCCCUUUCCUCUGCAGUUUCUGGAUGGUUCACCCUUGCAAGUUUUUGGCUUGGCUCCCGUUUGCAAACUGUCCCCUUUGCAAAAAAGGAGCUGGCAUUCUCCUAUACUCCCCUUUUCGAUCCUAGUUUUCGGGUUCAGAUCUGCUUCUUCCUUUAUUUGUGACGUUUGCAAAGAGGAGAGGAGGAUGUGCUUUUCUGGUGGGCUGUACUUAGGCUGGCGAUGCAGGGAAGGGGUCAGGACUUGCUCCCUAAGAUGGCCGCAAGGAAGAAUUCACAUUGCAGUAGCAGGGAAAAAGUUAUUUUAUCUUCUCUCUCUCCACCACUCCUUCUUUCUCCCCAAUAGCUGCCACACCCAAAGUCGUCUCCUUUAUGUGGGACAAAGGCAGCCUCCAUGAGUAAAGGGACACUUCCGUUCAGAAGGGAAACUGCAGAAAUUUUCUGUUAUCUUUGUGUGCAGCAUCCCUCCCCAAAGUCAUGACAUGAGAGUUAUCUGAAUACCACGAGAGUUCUUAAUUCUAAAAUCUGUGUAAUUUAUUUUUAAUGUAAUUUUCCAUUUUAUAGAUUCUCUAAAUUGGACUAGAUAGCUAUGUCUUUUAAUCCAGCAUGUCAGCGUCCAAGACGUAAGUAGGGAGAUGAAGUAAGGAUGUUGAAGUAACCUAACUAACAGAUUUAUAAGUUACAGUAAGAGUGAGCUUUGACGAUGAGACUAAUACCUAACCCACCAUAUAAUCCACAGUCAGAAAAAGUCAAAAUAAGUAUUUGAAAUCUAGGGGGCUAAGCUGCUUAAAUAUGUGUUUAAAUGAAAUAUUUCUACUGUCUGUUAUGGGUGUGUCUGCCUGGACUGCUUAAUAUGUUAAUAUGUUGGGAGUUGCAGAUAUUUGCAAAGCCUUGGGGAUGUGCUUUGUGAUAAGGGUGUGGAGGUGUUUGAAAUAAUAACUUGAGGGAAAGGUGCAGCAUAAUUAUGUAAUCUUCAUAACUUGUGGUUUAAUCAUCAUACAUUGGGCUGCUCUUAGCAAGGGUUUUGCAAAUAUUUUCUCUCCUUGAUCGUCUGUCCCUAGGGCUCAGUACAUAACUGGAAUUAGGAAGUGCAAUUACUUUCUAAAAUUCAUUAUUAAGAAGUUGUUACAUAACUGCCACCUUAUUCUUAAUGGUAUUGACUUGAAUUCCCCCCCCCAUUGGUUUCAAUGGGCCUUAAACACUUAACUGUUCAAAUUGGCAGGCCUUGUGCUUUUUCUUUGCAAAUGUAUGUUCUGAUAAAAUUGUCAACAUUUUUUGAAAUUGGGAGAAAGUGAUAUUUAGAAUGCCUAUUAAAACUUUGCCUCGUGCUCUACCGAUUGAGCUACCCAGAAGUGCCCCAUUGAGAGUGCAGGGUAGUGGACCUUGCCUAUCCCCCAAAGUGAGUUGCUUCAGCUACCACCAGCUGAAUUGGCAGCUGAGGAGAGGUGAAGAAAUGGGUGGUCUGGGGUGGGGGUUCAAUUUGCUGAUCCUACUGGAUAGGAAAGGAGAAGUUGGCUUUCAUUGAGCCCAUGCUAUCCCAGUUGACAAAACUACCGUAGAUAGUACAAACCCACACAACUGCAUUUCUCUAAUAUGCAAGUGAAACAUAAUUACUAUUGUGUUCUUGUCAUAUUUUUAUACCCAGCACAGCAGAGAGAUGGAAACACAGGCCUUUGUAGGAUAAACAUUUAUUUAUACAUUAGUACUUGCGGAAAUGUACUAAUGUUAUCCUUCAUGCCUCAAAUGUGCACUAAUACAUUUUGACUUGGAAAUAUUACAUAUUGAUGUUUGGUUCAAACCAUUCAUUGAAUUCUAACUUUCUCCCAAAAUGAAAGAUCCAUCAUCUGAGCAGGAGUUCAUCAGAUUGUGACUAGAGUUGCCAACUGACCAAAAAUAAUGGGUUUGGCCUGCUUUUGUGCUUUAACAGCAGCAUAAGUGUGCAGAAAUCUGAAACCGAAGCUCUUCACAACAUUAUAUCUGCCUGUCAAUAUUUUGAACAUAUUAAUAACAAAUACUGUUAACCAAGUUUUAACAAGUAUUUUGUUCAGUGAUAUGCAAGUUAAAUGUGGUGUCUGAUUCAUGGUACACGUUUUGCCGAUUGGAAAGUUGGCGGUUCGAAUCCAUGCAUUGUGGCAAGCUCCUGUUGCUCUGUCCCAGCUUCUGCCAACCUAGCAGUUCUAAAGCACACCAGUGUGAGUAAAUAGGUACCACUGUGGCGGGAAGGUAAACGGUGUUUCCGUGUGCUCUGGCUUCCAUCACAGUCCUCCAUGCGCCAGUAGCAGUUUAGUCAUGCUGGCCACAUGGCCCGGAAAGCUGUCUGUGGACAAACGUCGGCUCCCUCGGCCUGAAGGGAGAUGAGCACCGCAACCCCAGAGUCGCCUUUGGCUGGACUUAACCCUCCAGGGGUCCUUUACCUUUUUUACAUGUUUCAUGCAGUUUGUGUUAUAUGGGGUCUGUCCUCAGUUGUCACAGGAUUCUCCAUAUUCUGCAUGAGCAAAGCUGUAUUACAGAUUAAAACAGAUUUGUGUGGAAACAGUUUAAUAAGUAAAGAGGAUAUUGGGUUUUACUUCCACUAUGUGAAUAGAUUUGCAGCUGUUACUGAGUGGCUCUUGGCAUUAUUGGAUGUGAACAUCUGCUUUGUAGGACUUUCAUGCAUGGAAUGGGGGAGGAGGCAUUUUGUAAAAUGCAAACAAUUGUUUGCUUGUUAUAAUGUAUUUUUAAUAUUGGUAUAUAUUUGAAGUAUUUGCCCUUGCUGUUGUAAAAGUGCACCCGGAUCCCCCCUAAAAACAUCUAGAGGUACGUUAGUUUGUCAUCUUAACUUUGCAAUUCCUUUUAGUACAGUACUGCAUUGCCAUACUAAAUACAUCACCUUUUGUCAAAUUACUUAAAAAUAUGCAGCAGUACUGGCUAACCACCUCAUUAUGAAUUGUUAUUUGACUUCACAGCAGACAGAACUAAUUACUGCUUACAUUUUGUUCUUGCAGUACUAACAUUCCCAUUAUUUUGUCUUCCUAGCUCCAAUGGCUAUCCCGCCACCAUAUGCGGACCUUGGCAAGUCUGCCAGAGACGUCUUCAACAAAGGAUUUGGUAUGAAAACAUUUGUAAAGAAUAUAAUAUUGUUUGGAAGCAGACACAACAUUUACUGCUGCUCUCAGCAAACCCAAACUAUGCUACAUAAUUGCUGUCUUCCACCUUUCCCCCACUUUAUUGAGCAAAUUAUUGCUAGAAGUGGAAUGUUUAUCACCAGAAUGUUUGGCAUGCCAUUAGACAUAACUGUAACUUGCUGCUGAAUAUUUUCACCGUUUAGUUUAGUUUCUCUUUGGACAUAUAAAGAUUGGCACUGCCAAGUACAGUGGAGCCUACUGUAUCGGGAGGCUAGUAAAAGUAUUAAAUAUACUGCUUAGGGAACACUUAGAAGGUAGCUCAGAUCAAAAGUUUCUUACGAUAGGCCUUAGCACUACGAUUUUCAAACAGGCGUAGAUGUCGCAAAGGGAAUUUACUAUGGUUAUAGCAAAGUGAGAACUCACCCGUCUACCCUGGGUGCUGUUUUUUUUCCUGACAGGAGCAAGAGGUGGGAGUUGAAUUAACAAUAUUCCCCCCUACUAGUGCUGGUAGCUGAUUUCCAGCGAGGGAAACCUUAGGUUUCAAACUGUGGGAUGGUUCUUCCUUGGGGGUUGCAGGGCACCAGGAGCAGGGUGGGAGUUUAUGAGGUUAUUGGGAGGGAUAAGGUCCUGAGGCAGUUAAAAAUUUCACUCACCAGCAGCUGAGAACCUGAUGGGUUGAAUGUCCCUGAACAGAAAGCACUGAUUGAUGCAUUUUUGCGUUUGUGGAAAUAAACAAUGUACUGGGAAAAGGGGGAUUCUGAAAGAGCUGCUGCUUUUUUCCUUGUGUUAAUUUGUGUAUCGUUUUAUAACGGUGUCAAAGAUUCUGCUCUGUUUCUCUUCUAAUGUCAGCGCAGAAUUGCAUGUUCACUGACAUUAGAAGAAACACUUAAAACCACUUUGAGGUUGCUGGUUUUACUUUGUUUUGUUAUAAUCAAGCUGUACAGUAAGUUUUAUUAACCAAAUGAAUGAAUGAACCAUUUGAAACAGUUAGGGAUUCCCCAAAGAAUCCUGGGUACAGUAGGAUAAUCCCAGUCUUCUCAAGGAGCUACAGUUCCCAGCGGGGCUUAACUAUAGUCCCCUUCCCAUAGAACUCUGUGUAUACUUCCUCAGAAGAGGAAUGGGGACUCCUAUCAGCUCUUAGCACACUUAACUAUUUAAAGUGCUAUGAUACUGCUUUAAAUGUAUAAUGCAAAUGGGGCAUACACCCCCCCAGGGCAAAACAGCUUGCUAGGAGAGAGCCUUGCUGGGGGAAUGCAAGGAGAAUUGAUAUCUUGUUUCUGGGUUCUAAAUUGAGCAAUGACUGCUUUCAUGAAACCAUUUACAUAUUCAUAUUCCAUACUAACUACUGUGGGGUGCAUCUAAGUAAAUAUCUCCCAGGUAAAUAUUGGGUUCUGCUCUGCUGAGCUUUGGCAAAGAACAAAAUGAUUUCAUUCCGCAUUGCCAAAGCUUCAAGGGGAUCAUGGAAGCCAUAAAUGGAUUUUUAGAUUGCUUUUGGUCUAGCAAAGGUCUGUUGAGUUUUCUUUGGUCCAACAGUGAAUCUUUCAGAAGGGUGUGGGGUGAGAUAGAUGCAGUCCCUGGCUCCCUAAGGUAGGCAAAGACGCUUUAGAGUUGGUUAGGAACCCAUCGGAAAGUAGCAUGUCCAGGGCCUCCUCUGUAAAAUGCUUUUGCUCCCACUAAAAGCUUGGUGUGAAUUCUUUUGGGGGUGGGUCCUUGUUCUAAUAUUUCAGUUUUUAAAAGCCUUUCCCCCAUCUGUUCUGGGAACUAGCAUGUGCAGUAUAUGCAAGAAAUGAACUUUUUUCUUGAUGUUGCUAGAGAAAUUGAUUAGAUCCAUGUAGAUGGUCAUUUCACUUGUAGAAUGCUUUACUAUCACUGUAGUUAAAUAAAAGCAAUGCUUUAGUGAAAGAGCCCUUGCUCAUUCAUCAGAGAUGUAGAUGUCCUAAGAUCAGAAUUUUGUUACAGUUACAGCGAUGCAACCAGGAAGAGAGCAGCGUACAGUGGUGCCUCGCAAGACGAAAUUAAUCCGUUCCGCGAGUCUCUUCGUCUAGCGGUUUUUUUGUCUUGCGAUUUAGCGGAUUAGCGCUAUUAGCGGUUUAGCGGCUAUUAAAGGCUUAGCGGCUAAAAGGCUAUUAGCGGCUUAGAAAAAGGGGGGGGGGAGCGAAAAAAAUCUCAAGACUAGCAAGACAUUUUCGUCUUGCGAAACAAGCCCAUAGGGAAAUUCGUCCUGCGAAGCGCAUCGAAAAACGGAAAACCCUUUCGUCUAGCGGGUUUUUCGUCUUGCGAGGCAUUCGUCUUGCGGGUCACCACUGUAAUGUUUUCUUAUGACUCUGCCUGGAAUUUUAUUCAAGCUUGGCUAUAGUGUUAACUUCUUGAAAAACUGGCAUGUUGUAUAAAAGGGCAGUAGUAAUUCCAGUUUUGUCUGUCAAGGUUUUGGUCUGGUGAAAUUGGAUGUGAAAACGAAAUCUGCAAGUGGCGUGGUAAGUGCAUUUUGGUGUAAUAUUAAACAGUAGCUCAUAACCUCUGAAAUGUGGUGGUGAGGGCUCCAGACCCUUCUCAGCCUUCCCACACUCCCUUUCUCCCCUCCCCAGGCAGUAGUAGUAGUAGUAGUAGUAGUAGUAGUAGUAAUCUGCCCUUCAUCACAUGGUGCCAAGGUGACAAGAAUAUUAAAAUCAUUGAAAACAUCUUAACAAGCAAAAGGCCAUGGGUUAAACUUGUCUCCAUGAGGCAUUAUUAUUAUUUACCCUCCCUUCAUCUUAAGGUCCCAGGGAAGGUCUCAGCAAUUUAAAAUGCAACAUUAAAAACAGUUCAAAACAAAUUCAAUUCCAAAUUGUUAUGUUGCAAGCUCCCCCCCCCAUAAGAUUUCAAGCACAUAGAAAUGAAGGAGAAAGUGAUUUUAUUUCCUUUCUUCUUUCUCUUUUCUUUUAAGGGAAUCUUUCUAGUCUAAUUGCAAACUAAGUUGACUUUGUUUAACAUGCAGUGUUCUGAUGUGACAGCUGAAUGGGGAAUCUGCCAUGGACUCAUUUCUCUUCCUUCCCUUGCAAGCUCCUUGCCUCUCCCUUUUCUCAUCUGUAAUAAUCAUAGUUUGUUCUGAAGUCCAAGCUGGGCAAACUAAUGCUAAUCUCAAAGCUAUAGUUUCAGAUGGGUUUGCAAGCCACAAUUUCAGUAUUAACAGUAUUAGCAUAGAUGCUCAAUUUGGAUCCCUAUAAUGAAGGAGGGAGCAUUUUUUCUGAUCUUCCAAAUCAUGGUUUGUACGAUUGCCUGAACUGAGAAAUUACAUUUCUUUUUGGUCAUUGUGUGAUUCCUUUUAAAGUACAGGUUAAUAAUACCUCAGGCCCCAUAAUUAAGUAGCUUGAUCACCAGGGUCUUUCAGGCAUAACGUGUUAAACAAGAAUGACCAGGUUUGUGUACUUUGUUCUCGCCCUUCCUCUUCUCUAUAUUCAUAGUAAAAUUUGGAACUUGUGGUGCUUUCUUCAAAUUUUGCCCAAAGAAGUAACAUAUAGUUUGCUACAGACCAGUUUGUCAUAAAUGGACCAGGAGUUUCUGGUUGCUCUGAGUGUUGUUUGAGGUUUUUAUAACACAAGUUGCAGUGACACUUUGAGCAUAAUCGCAAUUGUAGCAGAGAUAUACAGAUUGUCCGAUUCUUCAGAAUUUCAGUAAGUCAUUGUCAAUGGCAUUGAAACUCAAAGGUCCGUCCAAUUAGUUACGUCAGAAACUUACAGAAAGCUGCAGGGUUUUUUGGUAAAACAAGUUCUUAUUUUUAUCUAUAAGCUGCCUUGAGUCCUGUCAAGAAAAAAGAAGGGAUAUUAUAAUAGUCGUAGUAGUAAUUACUCCUCUCUGUAUUCCCCUUCGGUUUGUUAAACCUUUUCUUCCCACCUGCAUUGUCCUGCUAGGAGUUUGCAACAGCUGGUUCAUCAAACACAGACACAGGAAAAGUGAAUGGGAGCUUGGAGACAAAAUACAAGUGGUCUGAGUAUGGUGUCACUUUCACAGAAAAAUGGAACACGGAUAACACUCUGGGAACAGAAAUGGCAAUUGAAGAUCAGGUAAUUGAAUUUCGAUUUGCUGAAAAGUUAAGUGGAAGUCACUUUUUACAUCUGCUAAUUCAUAACUUUUCCCCCCUCUCUAAACUAGCUUGCCAAAGGUUUGAAGUUGACAUUUGACACAACUUUCUCACCAAACACCGGGUAAGUUCUUUCCCUCUUAAGUCUUGGCAUGUUCCAUGUUCAUUACACUGAAAGUGAGAGAUGGGUUAAUGAAUGCUACUGAAGAAGACUUCAGUGGCUGGACACAUACUGCGGUCUUUAAUAACAAAAAAACACAAAUGUACAAAAUGAAUUCACACCACACAUAAUACUUACUUUAAUUUGUCUUAAUUUUAUAAUACAUCUCAGGCAGAUACAUGGUGCCUCAUGCCCAUGGUUCAAGGAAUAAUUCUAUAAAAUCUCAGUGAAUUCAAGCAGAUGAUCCCAAAAACAUGUGACAGAGGAAAAGCAGCCAAACGUACAGUAAUGGCUAUUCAUCUGACCUGGCAAAAGACACUUUUCUGUCUCCAAAUGCCAGUUAUAACCAGAGCAGACAGUAUGAAGCUGUUUUUUAGUUGGUGUCACAGAAUCCAGACUUCUCUUCAUAAAAUGUAGUAGCAGAUAUUGUUAUCAAAUAGAUAGUAGUAAGUGGGGAAAGCCUCCAUUAACUUGUGUUUGAACUGCCUCAGUUCCUAAAUUCUGAAUAAAACAACUUAAACUGCUGAAUCAGUUUAUCUGCUCUGCAAGGGCAAGAGUUACUGAUUGUCUUAGGCUUGGCUUCUGCCUGGCUCAUGGGGAAGAAUGAUAGGCAAAUAUUUGUAUACAUGAGUGGCAUAUAAUAAACUUACUAAUUUCCCUUUACCCCAUGAUAUGCUUCUAGUUAACCACUUAACACCAAGUGAGGCCAUAGGUCCGAUUCCCAGCAGCUCCCCAUGAUUUUCCUGCCCUACCUAGAGGUGCCAGGAAUUUGAUGUUGAACAAGUUUCCUACUGUAGAGUUGAAUUACUAAUUUCAAGUAAAGUCAUUCUACAAACUCUGUUGCCCUUAAACAUACAGAUCUCCUUCUUGUAACCACAGGUCAGCUCUGUGGCUCUUGAUCUAGUGAAUACUCACAUUUUGGACUACGUGGACAUCUUUAAUUUAUCUGCUUAAGAUGAGAAUCAGUAUAACUUGUGCAUUCCAGGGAAAGAGUGGGUUUUUUUCUUACAUAUUUCUUUUUCCAGAAAGAAAAGUGGAAAAAUCAAAUCUGCUUAUAAGCGUGAAUGUAUAAACCUCGGUUGUGAUGUUGACUUUGAUUUUGCUGGACCUGCCAUCCAUGGUACAGUUGUCUUGGGUUAUGAGGGCUGGCUUGCCGGCUACCAAAUGACCUUUGAUAGUGCCAAAUCCAAGUUGACAAGGAAUAACUUCUCUGUGGGAUACAAGACUGGAGACUUCCAGUUGCACACCAAUGUGUAAGUAUCAGAAGCUAACACGAUUGCAGUUAAUGAAGGUAUCCAGAAAUCUUGAAAACUAGGUGAAAUAAUUUCAUUGUUGGAGCUGUAGUAGCACUGAAUAUGCCUACAUUCUGAAUAGAUUUUUUGCUGGGUGAUUAAUUAUCAAAAUAAAUUUUGAAGGUCUAGAAUAGCAGAAGUACUUUUUAAGCAUUGUUCUAAAGUAUAUUAGUUGUUUUAAAAAAGUAUUUUUUAAAAGUUCAUGCAUGCAUUUUUUUAAAAAAAUGGGCUACCUUCCCAACUUAGGUUUCAUGCUCCAGUGAGUAGUUUUAUUUCACACAACUUCAACUGGAUAUGAUCUAGUACAAAUUGGUAUGACAACUUGCAGUUUCUCAUUGAUAAAUACUGCAUUAGAGUGUGUUGGAGUUUUCAACUUCCGACUUCAAAAAAUGAGGGGUGCUAAAAAAAAUUGUAACAUGGCUUGUAAAUUUAAAAUAUAUUUUGGUUAAAUUAAUAUAAUUUAGUUUUGCUAGGUAAGUAAAAUGUGUAAAAUUGCAUAGGAAUCAUUAAAAAUCAUUGUCAAGUACUUGCAGUUAUGUUAUAUAUUAAUAGUGUUUAGUUAAUUGAAUAUUAUUAUUAAAUUAAGUUUCGCCCCUAAAACUGCAUGGAACAUCUUGAUUAGUUGGAAGACUACAGUACCUUUUUAACUAGGCAAGUUGAAUUAACAGAGACAAGGCAACCUGAGUUGCAUUGAAAGCCCAACAGAAAAUUGAGGUUUCAGUUACUUAAAAGAAAUGGUGGUUUGCAAUUUUAGUGUGAUAUGGAAGGCUUUCUGAGAGGCUGUAUUCUAAACUGUUAGCUUUAACAACAAGCUAUAAUCUAAACUAAAGAACUGUAAAAUAAGCAAGGAAGUACAAGCUUUUGAGAAAAAUGUAUUUCAUACCUUUUAGUACUGAUUUUUUUGUGUGCGUUCUGAAGUUUCCAACUACAUGGCAUCAGUUUGUAUGCAGCUGUCUCUUUUUGAGGGCCAGAAAACAAGUGUUUGCAGAGCCAUAGCCCUUUUUCCAGCCUCUGAGAAACCUUGGGCUGGAUUGGACAAUACUUCUCCCUUGUGUUUGCCCUGCCCCAAUCCUGGAUGCCUGUUUGAAUACUACCUCUACAUGCACGCCUGUUUUGUGCAAUUAAAUUUUCCAGUCCUAAUCCAGCAACUGACCUUUGUUCAAUCUGGGCCUCCAAAUGACAAUCUUACAUGUGCAUUCUCCCAUUUUUUAAUAUUGUGCUGCCAUUGUGCCCCCAUCCCAUUGUGGACAUCCUGGGGACAUUGGAGAUGGGGCAAAGCGUAGAACAGGUGGGAAGAACAGGUGUACUCUUGCUCCUCUCCAUAUAACUAGAAAGAGAUGGUUGUGUAUUUGUUGGAGGCAGACAUUGGGUCUCUUCUCUCCCAUUCUUGGGAACAUGGGAAGCUACCUUAUGCUGAGGCAAGAUAGCCUGCAAAAGAGAACCAUAAAACAAAUAUAAAACAGAUCAAAAACAUCAGAAACAAAAGCAAUUAUCAUAGCAACUGUAAAAAUACAAAAAAGCAGUAGAUAACAAAUCAGUUCUGCAUUUCCUGAGCUCCAGCUUCUUCUCUUGAGUGGCAGCAGGAAGGAGUGCCUUGAGGGAAUCUUCCUACUUGAAAAGUUACUGGUGGGCCUGCUGCUGUAGUUCAGCUGCGAUGCGGGUGGCGCUGUGGUCUAAACCACUGAGCCUCUUGGGCUUGCCGAUCAGAAGGUUGGCGGUUCAAAUCCCCGCAACAGGGUGAGCUCCUGUUGCUCUGUCCCAGCUCCUGCCAACCUAGCAGGUUGAAAGCAUAGCAGUGCAGGUAGAUAGGUACCGCUGCAGCGGGAAGGUAAACGGCAUUUCCAUGUGCUCUGGCACUCGUUGCAGUGUCCCAUCGCGCCAGAAGUGGUUUAGUCAUGCUGGCCAAAUGACCUGGAAAGCUGUCUGUGGACAAAUGCCGGCUCCCUUGGCCUGCAAGCGAGAUGAGCGCCACAACCCCAUAGUCGCCUUUGAGUGGACUUAACCAUCCAGGGGUCCUUUACCUUUUUUACCUUUUAGUUCAGUUGGCAGUUAGUGCAUAGAUCAGUCGGGCCUGGAACACUAAUGUACUACAGGGUAUUUGGUGAGGUGGAAGAGAACUGAAUAUUCAUGAACAGAGCAAAAGAAUCUGUUGUGGCUUACCAUCGUUGUAGCCUUUUAUGUAACCAGCAGUGUCUUAAGCCACUUUUCACAGCACUUUCAUAAACAUAACGACUGCAAAGGAAAAACUUGACGAAAUCUAUUAUUCUUGCCAGUGUGACUUCAGGGUCACAAGUUACUAUAAUGCCUUUCAAAGGGAAAUGGAAGACUGCCUAAAUGUUUGCAUUUUGUAUUAUGUUUGCACUUUCUGUAGGGUGAGCCAGGGUUUUUAUCUCCCACUACCACCCUCAAAUUCAGUCACUUACUAUGUCACAGGGAAGCCUCAAUGCUCUUCUUCAUUUGAAGCUUUUCUUUAUUUUAUCACUUGAAUAAAAAAACCAUUUCAAAACUAUUUUUCAGCAACGAUGGGUCGGAGUUCGGUGGCUCAAUUUACCAAAAAGUCAGCGACAACCUUGAGACUGCUGUAAACCUUAACUGGGCAGCGGGCAGCAAUAGCACUCGUUUUGGAAUUGCAGCAAAGUACCUGUUGGAUCCUACCGCUUCUAUUUCCGUAAGUAGAACUAUAGAAGAAAAUGCCAUAGCUGUCUUGGUCCACAAAAUUAUACAUAGAAAACUUCUAUAUCCCUUACCAUGAGAAGCCCCCCUCCCCAUCAUAGCUUGAAUGAGCAUCUCCUAACUGCCUUUGUUCGUGCCUGAGUUUACCUUUGUGAGCAGCCUAACUCCAACUUUGGCAUGGACAACUUUUCUUAAUGGCUUCAUAGUCUGAAUGAAACAGUGCGGCCUCUCAGUAGCACCAUUUUCUCCAAGUGAGAUCUAGCCCAGCAAAAUGGUUAAGAACAUAACCGAAGCAGCCUUGUGCAAGGACAGAUAAUUUGUCUACCUCAGUAUCAUCCACAUUGAUGGGCAGCAUCUAUUUGGAGUUUCUGAGGGGGCAGGGUCAUUCCCACCCCUGUUUCGUAAGUUUACACAGAUGAAUUGCUUUGUGUGUAGCAGAAAAAGCUGUGUACAGUCGUACCUCGGCUCCUGAACGCCUUGGGAGUCGAAUGUUCUGGCUCCUGAACGAUCAAAACCCAGAAGUGAGUGUUACAGUUUUCGAACUGUUUUUGAACGCCAACGUCCGAUGGAGCUUCCGUAGCUUCAGACUGGUUGCAGGAGUUGCGCUUUGGAAGUCAAAUGUUUCAGAAGUCGAACGGACUUCCAGAACGGAUUCUGUUUGACUUCCAAGGUAUGACUGUAUGUUCUAAGAAUUCUGGUAAGGUUCACUCAUGAAUGGAAAUGAGGUCUAAUUACAUAGCAGGGACUUGAUUGCAUUGGGGCAAGGUUUCCCACAGCUGUGUUCUGAGCUGUAAAUUUGACUGUAGGUGUGCCAUUAUCUUUUACCCCCAUCAGUAAAAUUAGGAAUAAACGACCUGAAGGGAACGGUUGUAAAGUUAAGAUAAAACAGUAUAAAGCAUCCUACUGCAUGUUUAAAGUGCUUUACAAAUAUUUGAUGGAGAUUAUAGCAGUCCAAUAUUGUAGUGAAUAGCACUGCUUCUGAGGCUUUUGCCUGGUAUGGCGGUAAUGGGUUCCUUUGACCUGUGGCCUCAUUCUUUGCUAAGACUCACGUACACAGAUGGCAGUAUAGAAAUACUAACCCAUCUCUUAUUUUCAUUGUGCAUGACAAGAUAGGAAGCUGUGUCAUAGCAGAAACAGGCUUUAAAGCAAAAGAAAAGGGAAGAAAACCCAAGUUGCAUAGAUCUCCUGAUUGGAACAGUCCUGAGGACUAGUGAUUAUCUUCUGCCUACAAAUUCUGGGAGCCCUUGGUAGCCAACAAAAAAUGUUUGGUUGUCAGGACAUGCUCCUGCUCCCGUGGGUCAUGUCCCUGGUCUCAUGAUAACAUCACUGAAAAGCAGAAGAAGGUCAGGGACAAGCAGAUGUGUGAAUCUGUCACCCAGUUCUGAGCUAGAGAAGGCUGCCGAAGCAUGCUGCCUCUCUUCCUUAGUACCUGCUGGACAGCGGAAGUUUUAACCACUUGGCAGAAACAGAGACGAUGCAACACGACUUCUUCAUUCUCCUCUGGAGAGGGGCAGCAGGGGUGUGUCUCUGCCGUGACUGGGCCGUUGCAACUCCAGCAGCCCAGUUGUGUACAAAGACAAGGCUCUGUGCUCUUGUGCUCUCCCUCCAGCUUGAGGGAGUGUGGGGAAGCACAGUUGCAUUCAUCAUUACUUGCACACGGGAACUGCAUUGCUAAAGUCAAUUUGUGAGCUUUUGGGGCUGGUACUCAUCUUGCCCACCUCGCUCAUCCUUUAGGAGGAAGCCCCGGGUUUGGUGUUGCCAUGGCGAGGGGAUGAGAGAGAGAUUAUUUGAAGCCUGGUCAUCAUAAGUUGAAAAAGCAGUUUGAAGAAAGCUUAUCCUAGAUUACACUCCGGUUGCGAGUGCUGCCUUCUUGCUCUAGUUGGGCACUAUAUUCUUUGGAGCAGGGCAAAGGGAUGUUAAAAUUAGGGCACAACAUAUUGUGACACACAAAGGAUUGAUAAAAAUGUCAUCUUGCUUCUCGUUGUUUUGCAGGCAAAAGUGAACAACUCUAGUCUAGUUGGAGUUGGGUACACCCAGACCCUGAGGCCAGGUAAAUAAUUUUGAUAAGAAUGUAAGAGAUAUUGAAGCUUUUGGUUAAUAUGUAGGUUAAUGGUGGCUGGAGUCUGUUGUUAACAUGUUCUUGGAAGUUGGUAGUUCUCCAUUCAAGGUUCGAAAGAGACUUAAUAUAUAACGAUGAGAAAACACUGUCAAAAAUGUAUAAAAUCUUAUUAGAAUGGUCAGUGAAGGACAAGGAGGUAAAAUCAGCCAUGGUAAAAUGGGCAAGAGAUGUAGGUCAUAACAUACAACUCUCAGAAUGGCAAAAAUUAAGUUCACAGCAUGUGUUAUUCUAUUAAGGAAAAUUACAUGAAGGCUAUCUAUCGUUGGUAUAUAACACCAAGGAAAUUAGCGAUAGUGUACAAAAAUAAUUCAGACCGAUGUUGGAAAUGUAAGGAGGCAGUGGGAUCAAUGUACCAUGUCUGUUGGACUUGUAAAAGAAUGAGGGAAUUUUGGGAUUCAGUCUAUAACGAGUUGAAAAAGAUCUUCAAAAUUUCAUUUCCCAAAACCCCUGAGGCAUUUCUUUUAGGGAUUAUCGGGAGGGAGAUUCCUAGAAAUUUAAAGAAAUUAUGUAUGCCACCACGGCAGUGAGAGUUUUGAUUGCACAGAAUUGGAAAAGUGAGAUGAUACCAUCAAAAAAAGAUUGGCUGAUUAAACUAAUGGAAUGCACCAAGAUGGAUAAACUGACAGGACAGAUAAGGGAUCAAGUGAAACAAAAAUUUAAUAAAGACUGGAAUAUAUUUAAACAAUACCUGAAAGACCACUGCGGAGAAUUAAAUUUUUUGACUGGUUUAGAUUAACUCUUGUAAUGAGAAUCAUCAAAAAGUAGUGAAAAAAUGGUUACCAAUAAACUAGAUUUAUUAUGAUACGCAUUCAGCCAAGAACUCUAAAGGACCCAAGUAAGAAGGGGAGGGAAGUCAGAAGUAAUUAGAAUAUUAAUGUGUUGAAUGAGUAAGAAUAUAUCUUUGUUUUUCUUUAUUAUGAUUUAGAAACACAUGCACAUUAACAGGAAACUGAAACUUUAUACAGUACUGUGAUUUUACGUUAAGAAAGCAUUUCUGUUAAAAACAAUAAAGAUGAAUUGCAAAAAAAAAAAGUUGACAGUUCUCAGAGUAGCAGAACUUGCCUCUUCAAAAAGGAUUUACUUUGAAAGUUUGAAACAUUCCUUUUUAAGUGUCUCUGCAACUUAACUGGUACGUAGGCACCUUUGUGUGAAGCAUGAUGCUUCUAAUCCCACUGGCGUCGGCAUCCAUGUGUGUUUCAAUAUAAUUUACUACCUUUGAGCACUGAAAAAUGUUAGCAGCAACUGAUGUGUUCAGUGGACCUUGCUUUCUCUAAAACCCUUUGGUUCUAUUGAUCUGCAGGUGUGAAGCUCACUCUGUCUGCCCUAAUCGAUGGGAAGAACAUCAAUGCUGGUGGACACAAACUUGGUCUUGGCCUAGAAUUGGAGGCUUAAGAAGUGUGAAGAAAGCUGCCGCAGGAAAUGGGAUAUCAGAAGAAUAUGGCCUUAAAAAUGUAUUUCCAGUGUGACCCGGGGGGCUUUUUUUCCUACUCAGACGGAUGGCCUAGAACAAGAGCUGUAUUCAGAGUAUUUAGGCAGUUACUUGUUAGCUGGUUUUUAGUUAAAUUGGUUACCUAUCUAGUUCUCAAUUCUGCAUUAGUGCAGUCACUACAUAAUACAUUAUUUAAAUGUAUUUAACUGUUGAAUGCGCUACCCACAAAUAAUGAAAUAGACUUUAUGAAAACCUGUACACAUGUGUGCAUGUUAUGUUUCUUUUAACACGUGAUAAUAGCCAUUGAAAUAACAGAAUGGAUCAGUGGAUGUUCUGAAAAGUAAGGUCAACGGUUUUGUUAAAAUCACCUUAACUAGAAAUACUUUUGGUAUCCCAAGGCAAUUCGAAAAUUAUGAAUAAAACAAAUACACACACAUACUUGUGCCUCCA